CUAUCGAAAAUUAAUUGUAGUUAUCGAUACCACGUCAAAAAUUAACCGGUAGCGCAGGAACACAAGAAUUCACGAGUCAAUUUAUUCUUUUGAUGUAAGCAUGAGUAGAGUUGGACAUAAUAUGAUUAGGUUCAAAAUUAUAUAUACACAUAAAAUGAUAAAGAGGUUUGAGAUUUGACAAACUUUACCUUGAAAGGUUCAUGGACAAAGGUUGAAUAGAUACUGGGAACUGUGCUGAUGUUCACUGAUUAGGUUUAACAGUGUAGUGGUUGUGGGUCAAACGUUCACCGUUUACAUGUGGUAAGUGGCUUUAUGGAAGGUCUUGGCUGUCCACGUAUGUAAACCCAACAAGAGGUUACCUCCAACACCUCUGACUAUGGUCCUUGUGUCUCUAAUAUGUGUCGUCAGCUUGGCAUUCGCCACUCAGCCAGUCCUUGCAAAGGAAAAGCUUCUCUUUCUACUGGUGGAUGGCUUCCGGUGGGAUCGACUGGGCUAUGAUAUGCCGGCCCUUGACAGGUUGGAGCGGCAGGGGGUGCGGGCAGAGUGGCUUGAUGGCGUCUUCAUUACACGGUCAGCACCAAGUAUGUUCAGCAUUGCUACAGGGCUCUACAUUGAGCACCAUGGUGUCGUACACAACAUAGCUUUUGAUCCGGUCACUGGUGAAAGGACUAACGGCUGGUCAGAGAUGCUGAACACCACCUGGUGGUUCAACUGGGCGGGAGAGCCCCUCUGGAUCACGGCCAAGUCGCAAGGUCUAAAAGUGGGCUCAUUCAUGUAUCCAGGGGGACAGACGCCGAUUGAUGGCAUCUUACCGGACCGCUUUGUCCCUUACACCAGUGAGACAUACCACAAAUAUGUCAAUCUUGUGGAUCGAGCGGAUGUGGUAUUCGAGUGGCUGUACGGAGACGGACUGGAUGUCGUGUUCCUGUACGUUGGCAAGCUAGACAGCAUGUUACACGCUGCUGGAAUCGGUGAGGAAGCGGGCAAGGUGGCAGACGAGGUGAACGAGCUGGUAUCCUACAUUCUGGACAAAAUGGAGGAGACUGGCGUCCGAGAAAAUUUGAAUUUUAUCGUCGCCAGUGACCAUGGCAUGGUUAAUAUCUCCAACAACAAAGCGCUUUCAAUGUUCGAGUACAUCGACGAAUCGCUUUUAGACUUUGUCAUCGCGGACGGCGGGUCUGUGUUUCAGAUCUUGCCUGUAGAUGGCGCCCUGGAGCAGGUGUACAGUAAGUUGAAAUCCGCUCACCCGUCAAUUAACAUGUACAAGAAGGAAGAGUUUCCACCGUGGUUUCACUACGCGGACAACCCACGAAACCUGCCACUCAUAGGCUACAUGGAUAUCGGCUGGACUAUGUAUAAGCAAGUUAAUCAAUCGGAAGUUACCGAUAAAGCCGGCCAUGGUUACGACAAUCGGGACAUGACCAUGAAAUCAUCUUUCUACGCCCAGGGACCCAGCUUCAGGAAGGGGUAUCGCGCCAGACACUUUGAAUCGGUAAACAUUUAUCCCCUGAUGUGCGAACUGCUUGACAUCGUGCCAGCUCCCAACAAUGGAUCCCGAGAUAAUUACAAAGACAUGCUGGUAUCUGAGCAUCCACCUACGUCACCGCCCGGAUGUGGAGUUAGCGCCCUCUGCAGUCACACCACCUUGAUUCUUUUAACAGUUGCUCUAAGUGCCUCCACCAAAAGCUAAAUAAAAUCAUGACCACUUAUUACGUGCCUACUACAUCAUGUAUUUGAGGUGUUUGUCAAAAUUAUUACUUCACAAACACAUUACAUUCUAUUUAAAUACUUACAAACAAUAUUUUUCUUGGUAUGCUUGUUAUGGUCAAAAUCACCGUUAUUUGUGAGAUUUAUUACGGAUCUACAGUCACAGAUCAGUAAAACUGCUUACUGCCAGCUGUGAGGGUGACUUCAAAUGACAAGUGACAGCGUCAUCGUGGUCACAUAUUUAAUGACAAAUUUGUGUUUUGUGUGGUUGAAAGUAUGCACUCUUGGUAAAAGUACUAUACAUUUGCUGGUAAAAUGCAAAAUACAUAAUACAUACAAAAUGCAAAAUACCAGACUGGCACUCAUAGCCAUAGUCAUUUGAUAUUCCAACUGCAUGCUGUAGAAUUAAUAUCAAUGUAAUGGAAGACCCCCUAUUAGACUUGGCAUGUUUAAUAAUGUCUCAGAUGAGACUCCGUACCUGCAUAUGUUAUGGUUCAAAGAAAUGAAAGGAACUAUGAAAUUAAACCUAAAUAAAUCCUGCGUUUUGAUCCCUUUAAUGAUGUCUUUUGUGUUCGUAAGGCUAACUGUACUCAUCGCCCAACCCGACCCCGUCGCUACUGCUUCUCUACCGACACCCAUGGCCGCAUUCUCAACUCAAUCUGCCUCCUGGAUCAAGUCAUCCGAGAUCCAUGUGUUAUGGUUCAAAGAAAUAAAAGGAACAAUGAAAUUAAACAUAAAUUCUGCGUUUUGAUACCGUCAAUAACCAAACGUUGACAAUUGGUAAAUGUUUAGUCAAAUAUACUGUAUAUAUAACUCAUUAAAACGAACUUGAAAAAAAUCUCCGAAAAACAACUUGGAAAAAAUACAUCGCGUAAAAUGAUUAACUUCCCAAAACAGAAACGUUUCUAUUAUGGGAUCUUACGGGAAUGAACUCGAGCAAAUUAACUUGGUAAAAUGUAUCUCGUAGAAAAGAACUUGGAAAAUGUAUACUUCAUAAAAACAAACUUUGAAAAAUAUACUUGAUGAAAAUAUGUGCUUGACCGCACUACGGGGCUUUCGUAUUUUUC